AUGGAAAAACCCACCAUCGAAGAAAUGUUCAAAAUCAUAUUUGAAGUCAACAAAGAUCAGCGUUUCAUUUUCUGCUAUGUCUGUCAAAUAAGAUUCCCUAUUGUUGAACCAGAACAAGCAACCCUCUAUAUCCAUCACUUCUCCAAAGACCAUGUUUACAACCUUUCAACCAUAGCCACCAGAGAAAUCAUGAAAACCAGGGAUAACAUAAAAACCAGAGAAAUCAUAAAAACAAAAGAAACUACCAAAAAGUAUAAUCCAGUCUCAUAAGCAAUCCCCUUAUUCGAUCUAGAAAAAGCACUCAACAUCCAAUAAUAACAAUCAAAGAAUGCUCUUCAUCAGUACCUCAAAGACUGCAUUACCAAAUUGCACAACCUCUAUGAUCAAUUGGAACUGAAUAAUUUGGAAGCAUACAUUAGCACUCUUCGAAGAUUGUACUUGCAUUUGCUCAAUCACAAUACAUCCAUCCUGACUCCUGAACUUUGCUUCUCCUUUGUGGACAUCUACAAAACGGACAAGGAUCUCCAAUUGAUUAGGAAAAUCGUCAGGGCAUUCAAUUUUCCUUUGACCAAUGAACAGAACAAAAUUCUAAACCCUCACAAAUAAAGCAAUCCAAAUGUAUCUCAGGAUUUGUACAUUGAAUUUUACCAAACCUUUAUUAAUGAUCUAACAGACCUCGGAUUAUCUAAGGAGUCCUUGGUUUAUCAUCUUGCCAAAAUGGGAACACCAAUUAACAAGAUCAUCGAUUUGAAACUCUACGAAAUCAAGAAUAAAAUUAAUGAUUUCAUUAAUAAAGGCAUUAAUGAAGAGCAAAACAUCUUCUUUUUAAACAUCAUUGAGAAAUUAGAACGCUACGAAAAUCUUAAUAGUCACUCCUAUGUCUUUACUAAGUGGAACACAGAAUGUUAAAUGAGAAAAUGCGUUAGAUAAAUCAGGAAUCGUCUCAGAGACCAAACAACUGAUGAAAAAUAUAAAUUAUUCUUGGCCGCUGCUUCUCUCUAGUAAGUAUAGCAAUGGCAUAAAAUUCUAAUUCAAAAUGAGAAGAACAGUACUAAGGAUAUGAUAUCCAUACUAGAAACAAUUAAUGAAAAUAAGAAUAAAUCGAAGAAAAGGAAAUUGAAUGUUAAAUAAUACAGUAUUCCUUCUAACCUCAAUUUCAGUGAUUUUGAAGGAAAAGGCCAAGAGGAAGCAGACAACAGUGAAUUCGACAUUAGUAUUAUUGAUUCAACAUCAGAACGUAAUGUUGAUGAAGGAUUAAAUCUUAAAUAAUUCAAUGAAACAACUAAGCAAAAUUCAACAGAAAAGAAGAAUUUGAGUGAAACAAAACAUGCAGAUUCUAUGAAAGAGAAAUUAGAUAAUUAUAAAAAUAAAGCCUUACUUAAGAAGUCUUCAAAAAGAUGA